AUGACGGUGCUAGUCGACGAUCAUCCCACAACCAUCGCACCCUCCUCGCUCGUCCGAGGCAAGGCGUACACAUGGACCGAGCCUGUCGACGAGGCCGCCCAAUGCCUCGUCUCCAUGUCUUCGGCACUGGCAAGCUCGAGUACGGCAACGACCGACGUCCCAUCAUCCGCCUCUUCGCCUCCACGAGCCCCGCGAAGCAAACCGGAUCGGCUUGCGCUCGCUUGUAACACCUGUCGCAAGCGCAAAGUUAGGUGCGACGCCCACCAGCCCAAAUGUCACAAUUGUCUUCGUCGCGGCGACGUCUGCGUCACUUCGGACCCUCGUAAGCCCGGUGUCGCCGUCCCGGUCAGACGAAAGACGACCCGAAGACACACCGGACCGCCGAGUGUCAACGUCGAACGUCUCCUAGCCCGUCAAGCAGAGCAACAAGAUCAAAGAGGCGCCAUCUCGCAAGGGCGGCGCCUCCAUCAGACCGAUCAUGCCUCGUGCCAAGACGUGCUCCACAAGAGCCUUGACGACGAGGAAAGCCAAGAUGGCCGAGACGACGAUUACGAAAACGACGGAUUUGUAGCACCAGAAUACGUUGAAUCUGAUCUCCAAGAUCAUGCCUUCUCCCGCCCGCGCCUCCUUUCGCAUUCCGUGUCGGAAGCCGCCCAGCCACCGAACUUCGCACAGCCCGCUUUGCCGCGGCUUGCAGCUGAUGAAGCACAAUCCCUAAAUCCGGCUUCCGCGCGCAGUCCAGCCUCGGUCGGCUCGAGUGUCAGCCUCGCAGCCGCUUCCAGUCACAAUCGCAGCAGAAACAACGCUAGCAGCAACGGUGGUGAUACAGAACUUCCUUCCUGGGUCACCCGAGCCUACAACGAAAUUUCAGCGCAACAAGCACGCAGGCCCGAUCACGGCCCUUCGGAAGUUCUCACCUCAGAGCAGCAACAGGACCCUACCGUAACGACACCCGACGUUAUAGUCAACUCCGAUGGCUCCACGCACAGACUCAAGGUCGUGGGAGGUAGCAGCCUGCAGUGCCUGAUCAAGUUCACCGACGUGCUCUUGUCGGUCUAUGGCUUCGACGCCACCGCUCCGCUUUUCCGCCACGGAAUGGCACAGAGCGACGAGCUCGAUAUGCCUCUCCUCCCCUCUUUGCCAAAUCUCCCUCCAAAGGCGGUCGUUUCGCUGUGCAUCGACGCCUUUUUCGAUCGGAUCUGGCCGCUGUUCCCUGCCGUUGAUAGAGACGUGGUGCAAGCCGAUGCGGAUGCUUUCCUUGCGCUGCAACAGGAUGCGCUGACAGCAUCUACGGGCGCUCGCAGCCUGCAAAGCAAACUGCCGGCAAAUCGCGUCCCGAAUCUCGUCGUGCUCUACAGCAUCGUAAGCAUUGGCAUGAACGAGACAUCGCCCUCGCAUCCCCUACUGGCCACCUGCGACGUAUCCGCCACCGAGUAUCUCACCGCCAGCUACGCCCUGCAUGCCCACCUCACAGCAUCGCCUUACCAGCCCAGCGUGCAAGCACUGCUGCUUCUCGCCCUCAACCUUCGCGGUUGUGGCAAGGAGGGUCAGUCGUGGUACAUCCUCGGCCUAGCCAUACGACUCGCCAUGUCCAUCGGUCUUCACAAAAGCGUCGAAGCGCCUCAGCAGCAGAGGAUACGGUUGGGAGACUCUGCCAGCCUCCCACGCCGCCUGUGGUGGUCCUGCUUCUCUUUGGAGCGGCUCCUCCAGCUCGAGUGCGGACGUCCCUCAAGUAUCGAUUCAACGCAAGACUAUGGCUCGGUGGAUGCCGACCUUGGCAUUCGGAUGCCGGGCUUCGGACCGUGGCGGCCAUCUGACGAGCAAGACGCCCUCGAAACAGGCUUCGUCGAUGAGGACCUCGGAGAAUGCGAUGGCGACAGACUAGCACACAUCAGCAAUAACGCAGCGCCUGGUCAUAAUGCAGGAAGCGAGCAUGACAGGCUCGCGCUCUUCCCAGCAUGGGUCUCGCUCGCGGCCAUCAUGGGUCAGAUAUCGGAUCGCUUCUACAAUCACCGCUUCGGCCAUGCCAUCGAGCUGCUCAGUGAGACUGCGCGGCUGGCGCGCUGCCUGACGAGAUGGGAGACAGCCUUGCCGGACAAUCUCAAGCCGCAGAGCAUCUCGUUGGGCGCUCCGGUGGGCAACGCGCAAGUCUUGGGUGCCUUCCUGGCGCAGCAAUUCUAUCACGCCAAGAUCGCGGUGCUGCGCAUCGCCAUCCUGUUCCCGCAGCACAGCUUCCAAAACGAAGUCCGGUUACGCGCACGCGAGAUGGCCGGAAUCAGCCAACUGCUCGGGUCAGCAUCUCACUGCCUCAACGCGGCACGGAGCCUGACGACUCUCACCCUUCAGCUCGCCGAUGCAGGCGUUCAUUCGAUCCUGGUGAGCGUCCCACAGACUUUCUUGGCCAGCAUCGUCCUCGCGCUGAGUAUCCUACGCGCUCCGCGCAGCCGGCUCGCUCGCGCCGAUGUCGAACUGCUCACCGAGGCCACAACGUAUGUCGAAGGCUGUUACGAGGGCUGGGGAUACCCACCCGCCUUUCUCUCCAUCCUGUCGCGGCUGAGAGAAGGAACCAUCGCGGUCUCUCGCGGCCAGGUGCCACCCAUCGCGUCGUUGACGUCAUCUCACACCAGCAGCACCGCCAGCAGGACUAGUCCAGGCUUCGAUCGUCAGAAGGCUUCAGGCCAUCCCAGCGUUCCGACCACGAGCGAGGACACCGCAAUUAGGCAGGACGGCGUGCUUGGACAAUUCGAUGCACAUGCGAUGGGACGAGAACACACCCUUUUCUCUGUGCCGUCGGCCAACAUCUAUGGGCUUGGAUCCGUGAGCGGCAAUUCAACCAUGGCCGCUCUCACCGGAGAGACGGGAAUCGAGGCGUUCUCAAGCAUGGAGUUUGAGGAUUUCUGGGACAUGCUCAAAGCAGACAUCUUUAUGUAG